GUUUUCUCAAAUAUUUACAAAACGAAAAAAUCAAACUUACUAAAAUUUUCUUAAAAUGAGUGAAAAGUCGGAAAAUCCAUAUGAUAUGGAUAGUGCAAGUUUCGAUGCUGAUAAAUAUUUACAAAAACUGUUAAAGACUUGCAAUUUAAAGCAAAUUAUGGAUACAGAAGCAAUGAUUGUAAAGGAGACACAAACUCUUCACAGUGAAAUGCAGACGCUUGUGUAUGAAAACUAUAAUAAAUUCAUUUCAGCUACUGAAACCAUCCGUCAGAUGAAAACUGAUUUCAAAGAAAUGGAGAAUGAAAUGAAGAAACUUGCUGACAACAUGGCAGAAAUUACUCAAUCAUCUGACCAAAUAACUGGAACUCUUCACGAUACACGAUGUCAAUUGACGAAAUUGUCAGAGAAAAAUGCUCUUCUCAAACGUCUCUCAGCCAUCUCUUCACUUCCCGGUAAAUUAACACAACUUGUUGCCGACAAAAAUUAUGUGCAAGCUGUUCAAGAAUACAAUCGAGCACAGAGAAUUCUACAACAAUACGGAAAUCAACCAACUUUCAAAGGCAUUCAAGAAGAUUGUUCGAAAAUCAUGAGUGAUCUCAAAACAAUUCUAAAACAAGAUUUCCAAAAAGAAGGCAAGAAAACGGCGCAACUGACUGAGACUGGCGAACUUCUACUGCAAUUGAAUGAAAAACCUUCUGAUCUUUCCAAAGAAAUGUUACAAUUUGGAUCACAACGCUUGCAUGAACAACUGAUACAACUUCAGGAUCAAACAGAUCGUGACAUGAUUGAAUUUGUUGACAUGGGCAUUGAAGGAUUCUUAAGUGAUUUGAUUCUCAUCACCACAUCAUUCUAUGACAUGUUCGUUCAAAAACAUUUUGAGAAUGAAGAUGAUAGUUUUCAGGAAUUAGCAAGAGGAAACCUCAAUGAUUUUGUCAAUAAAUAUCUAAACGAAUAUUUAAAUUUAGUGCAAGAACGAGUUGAGAAUGAAACUGGCGACUCUCAAAUAUUAUUGCGGGCACUUGAUCGACUUCACCGACGAUUAUGUGCAAUGAAGAAUCUUGGACGUGGUAUUGACAUGCCCAAGACUGGCAUUGAUCUCAUCAUACAUUCCAUUCAUCAAUUAUGUCAAUCUCAUUAUAAAAUUCUAAAAGAUUCCUUUAGUGAUAGUUUAAGUUCCAUUCGACUGACAUUGGUGACAUUUAAAAACGAUGGGAUGUGUGGGAGUCUUAACGAGCUCAUUGAUACGCUCUACGUGAAUACAAUUGAGAAAGUAAAAGGCGUACUUCAAGAUCUUCUCGUUUUUCUCAAUCCAGAAUGGUCAUUCAAUAUCAAAGCUGAACACAAAGGCGUCGCAUGUAUCGAAGGAAUUCGUGAAAAUCUUCUUGUUUCAUUUCUACGUCAUAUUGCUAGUGUCAUGACAUCAUUCUCUGAUAUAAAUUCAUCAUGUCCAGCAAAUCUUCUUCUCGUUCUAUCGAAAGUUUGUCUUCGACUAGAGAAAGUUGGCGUUCAAUCACUUUUAAAUCUUGUCGAUGAACUUUACGAAAUUGAUUCGGUGAAUUCAGCUGAGUUGACACAUGAAACUGAAUUGAAUUCGGAGCUUCAUGACUCUGCACAAAUUCUUCUUGAAGCCUAUGUGAGAGUUCAAGGAAUGAAUGUUUCUCAGAUAUUACGGAAAAGUGUUGAGACAAGAGAUUGGAUAAAUUGUUUAGAGCCAAGAUCGGUUCGUGCUGUUAUGAAGAGAAUUGUUGAUGAACUGACUAAUAUUGACGGGACUUUGGAUGAAUUAUUUGAAUCUGGAGUAAGAACAACAGCAAGCAGCGAUUCAAGCAGAAAAACCCAUUUGAGUAUGUCGAUGCAAGGUGGUAAGACACAAUACCGUUCCACAUGGUCAAAUUACACUUCAUCGUCGCAACUUGACACGAAUCUUGUUCAUCGAUUGUUUUCGGAACGUCUUGACAUUUUCAGUUCAGCUAUUGAAUUCUCAAAGACAUCAAUUCUAAGCGGAAUAAUAAAAAUUAGUUUAAAAACAUUCCUUGAGUGCGUGAGACUUAAAACAUUCAGCAAGUAUGGUUUGCAGCAAAUUCAAGUUGACGCGCAUUAUCUACAGAUGAACUUGUGGAGAUUUGUUUCGGAUGAGAAUGUUAUUCAUUAUCUUCUCGACGACAUUCUUGGAUCAGCUGUCAUCAGAUGUCAAGAAAAAGCUGGAAUGUUAAUGGAACCUAAUGCUGUUGAAAUAAUUUGUGAAAGAUUUUAAAAAACUUCGUGAUUUAAACUCUUUUAUAAUUUUAUUCAUCAAUCUUUUUGUUAUCAUUUACAUUUGCAAUAAACUUUGUGACGUCGGCAAAAAAUGAUCUUUUUGUUUGAUUUGUCAAAUAAACUAACAAUUUGUGGUAUUUAAUAUGUGAAAAAAAGGUGAAUACAUUUUUAUGUGCACAGUUGGGGGAGUUUGCAAAAGUUUUGUCACGGGAUAAAUUUAUAUUAAAACUUUAGAUAACUUUUGCCAUUCAUUUGUUUGUUUAACAUCAAAGCAUAAUUCAUCAAAAAUCUACUUGCUUAGCUUUUGUUUCUCUAAGACAAACUUUACAAAGUUAUGAUUUUAAUGGCUAUUUGGUAAACAUCAUUUGUUGAUAAAAUUAUCUUUUUAUAAUUAUUUAUUCUCAAACUUCUUGUGACGUAACAAUUGAUCUCGCUGAAUAAAAUACAUAAAAUGUACAAAUAUGGCAAAUUGUAAGUGAACGUCAAUAAAUAAUCUGUCUAUAGUUUUAGCUUCUGAAAAUCUUUAGAAAAUUCUUGAGAUCUCCACUUGAAAUUAAAAGUUAAUUAAAUUCAAGAAUAUUCUUACAAAUUGUUUUGUCGAAAGUUUUAUUUUCAUUUUAAUAAUCACUGAACCACCAGGAGUGCAGUAGUUAAGGCAUAUUAAGUCAUAACUUCAGUAGUAACUCAAUUAAUCAUUUAUCAAACUUCUAGAAAAAUAUCUUCAUUGUUAGGCCAAUUCGUUCAGCCUCAACUCAUCACUGCACUCAUACGUGACUCUCACAUUCAUUUACUUUUUUUAUUUUUGUGUUAUAUGCUCAUAAGUUAAUAAGUGAGACGACAUCAUUAGUAAAAGGGAAUUUAAUAAGAGUCAAUAAUUGAUCUGGUUUAGUGGGAAGACCACAUUUGUCAGGAAAACUAAACGACUCUUGAAGAGAAUUACUUUGAAAUAGCUUAUUCCAGUGAAUUAAAUUUUUAAGAGAAAAUUUAUAAGUUUUAUCACACCAAGUACGCAUUUAAGGUUUCUUGUUAGAAGAAAAGGGGAAAAAUCUAUUAAAAAUUGUUAUUAUUAGUCAGCAGAGUAAUAAAAUGUGAAAAAAUUUAUUUAAAUAUUUCAAAUUAAAUAAUUAUGAAUAAAUUAAUUCUUCGAUACAUCAAGACAAAGGCUUUCCCAGGCAUUUUUCAUUAAUUGAAAAAGAAAAUUAGGAAUUUAAAUGUUGCUUCAUUCUAAAUAUUUUUCAAGUCUAUCAAGAACCAAACUCAACAUUACUAAGUAAGAGAUUUUUUUUUCUGGUUUAUUUGGUUAGUUCACUCAUCUUUAACUCUUUGAUUUCCAGAACUAUUUCUGCUGUUGUGGCUCAUCUACUUUCAUCUCUUGAUUUUGUAUUGCUUCUUGUAAUUUCGCUUCUAAGCUUGCUUCAGCUGUGACCUCGUCUUGUUUCUUGUUGUUAUCUGUUGUCAUGUUCACAGAACUAUUCGAUGGUGUUUGUUGGACGUUUGUAACAUUAUCGUAAGAAGAGUUCUUAGAUGUUCCAUUAAUGAUACCAUUUUGUGUGGGUGGAUCUUGUUCCAUAUUAGCAGCCUCUGUGUUAACUUUUUCUUCAUUUUGUGAUUUGAAAGCUUCAUUUUUGGCAUCUAAAAGUGAUAUGAGGCUAUUUAUGCAUUUAAUUGCUUCUCUUCUAGCAUUUUUUAUAUUUUCUUUUCCUUCAGCGUCAAUGUCAUCAAGUUUAAGUAAGUUUUGAGUUAACAUUUCAUCGAGAAAUGCAUACUCUUUACGAUUAUUUCCGUCGUACUUUUCAACACGAGACAUAAGCUCAAGAACAGAUGACUGGAUUUUUUGAAUCUUUGUAAUUGAGUCUUCAAUUGCCUUCUGUUGUGCUGGUAUGGGCUGCUCAACAGGAGGAGACGGUUGAUGUACACCUUGAGUUGGUGUUUGCUGCCUUUGUGGUGUCGAUGCACGUUUAGGUUCAUAUUGGUGUUGGACUGGAACAGAACGUUCUUGAUUUUGAGACGUGGGUUGUCUUUGAGGACCAGCUGGAGUUGGUGCUGGUGAUCCUCGUGAUUGAUGUUGAUUCUGGUGUGAUGGUUGGUGAUGUACAUUAAUUGGUGAUUCACUGCGUCGAUGAGGACUAGCUGAACGCAUGUUGAAGAAGUCACGCACUGGAAAAUCUUUUGCACGAUCAAAGAUUGAUGAUGACGGCAUGGGCAUGUCUUGUCCGAAUCCCAUGUCACCACCAAAUCCCAUUGGCGCACGGCCAAAAUUAUGAUGAUUUUGAAAAGGUCCACUUGAUGAUUCAGCGGAUGCAAAUGCGGAGGUGUUAUUGUUUUGUGGUGGUGCAUUUACGUUUGGUGGAACAUUUCCUGAUGUUGUUUGACUAUCAUGUCCAGUAUUUAUUACGGGCUCAUCGCGUCCCUCAACAAAAAUUGGGAUGUGACGAACUUUUUGACUAUUAUCCAUCGUUUCAAACUUUUUUUCCUCUCCUAAGUAUUUUCUUCUUAAGUUGCCUACAAAAUUUAGGAAUUUUUAAUAUUUCACGAUUUAUUUGCACUUUUUGUACUUCAAUUCUUUAAGAAAACAAUUCUAGCGUCUUAUUCACACUUUUUCUAGUUUCGCUCUGCGCUUCACGAUGAUUAAUAAUUUUUUAAAGACUUUUGUCGAACUUUCUUCAACAAUCGAGA